CCGUACCUGCCGCAUGCACGUCAGUUGUCAGGGGCAUUUUAGAGAUCAGUGGCUGGAGGGUGCGAGUGGCGAGCAACGGUAGAUGGUAUGAUCAUGGAGCUAUAAAACAGCAUAUCAGCGAACUAGUGGAAAUCCAUGGCCUACUCCUAGAAGUUAGAACUGUGAGGUUCUGGGAGUAUCCAUGGCCCACUGAGUGAUCAUGCAGAUAUAGCUGCAUGGUUGGCCCACUUCCAACCGUACUCGGUACUACCACGGUCCGUAGACGGAUGCUUAUUUAUACGGGCUGUUAAUCAUUUUAUUGUUAAUUUUAAUUGCUGAAAUUUGAUUUUGAAACGAUGGUCAGAUUUAUCACCAACCAUGGAGGUACAUAUACGGACACAUCAGCAGUGCACCAGUAGUGCUGAGGUUGUGAACUUGAACGAUCACUGUGGUUGUAAAUUAUCCAAGUGCCACAAUGCCCAAUAAAAAAGCAGAGGACUUUGUGAAAAUUGUACUGCUCGGAGAUAGCCAAGCGGGCAAAUCCAGCCUAUGUCUCUCUUACGACCAUGGCUACUUUCCCCGAUGGUACAUCCCAAGGAAUUUUGAUAUGUGGUUAUUCGAAAUUGUGAUCGCUGGCGAGACUUUCACCCAUGGGCUCUACGACACAUCUAGAGAGGGAGACGAUUACUUUCACCUGCGGCCUCGGAGCUAUCCACACACUGAUGUCUUUCUGAUGUGUUUCUCAGUGGAGUGCCGGUCUUCCUUUGAACGCAUUGAGUCAAGAUGGCUGCCAGAGAUCCGCCACCACAUGCCCACAACUCCCAUCAUUCUUGUGGCCACAAAGAUAGAUCUUCGUGGGAAUUCCCAGCAUAAUUGUAUCACAUUUGACGAAGGCUUGAAAUUGGCUCAGAAACAUAACUUGACAUACACUGAGACGAGUGCAGUCCUUCACAUUAUUGAGAACACGUACGAGUUCCCCUUGUGUGGUGCAGCUCCCUGCAGUUGGUCCUUCUUUCUGAGCUAUGAGGAAGUGGAUGUUUUCCACCUGUACUUCUCUGUUCAGAGCAGGACGUCCCUGGCGAAUGUUGAAACAAGAUGGGUUCCAGAGAUCCGCCAUGCCAUGCCUGACAUUCCAAUCCUCCUGGUGGCAACAAACAUAGAUCCUCCUUGGAGUCCACAUCGCAAGCGUGUGGUUACAUACGAGGAGGGCUUGAAGAUGGCUCAGAAACUCAACUUGGAAUACACUGAGAUGACAGGGCAGCUGAAGGUGAAUGUGAAAGAAUGCCUCCAGAAAGCAGUUUACAUUGGUUAUGAAGCAAAACAAGCAAAGAGGAGGAAGAAAGGUUUCUUUGGUUUCAGGGGAAGAAAGCCCAAGCCCCGCCCACCACCAGAACCUGAAGUACCCCCAGUAGAUGAAGCCCCUCGGAUUGAAAUCCAAACCUCAACCAUCGCAGACGACUUUGGCAAGGCGUUGGAGCAGGCAGCUUUCUCCGAUGUCAUCUUCAUCAUUGAAGGGAAGAGCAUCUUGGCUCACAAAGUGGUGCUGUGUAGUGCCUCCAACUUCUUCUGUUGUGUGUUUGGCCUGGACCCACCAGACCAGGAUACAGCCAGCCAUCCCUCAGUCAUGAACUUUACCUGGGAGGAUAUCAACCAGGGCAAGAUCACUGGUUUAGCUGGUAUCCGUGAUGAAGUGACCCCAGAUGGCAGUCUGCUUGAGAAAGCAAAGACCCGGGUGAUGAUCAGUGCAGACAUCUCUUACCAAACUUUCCAACAUGUCUUGAAGUUUCUGUACACAGGCCUUCCCAGCAUCACAGAUGGGACCAGCACAGAGGACCUGGUGGCUUUACAGAAAGCAUCCAAUACAUUCUCCUUGCCUAUGCUGGACAGCAUCGUCAAGAACCUACAGAAUGAUGGAAAGUUCCUGAAUCCUAGCAUUGGAACCUACCUGAAUGAUCAGACAGGACAGAGGGCCAAGUGGUUGUUCCUGAACAAACAGACACUGUCUGAUAUCCAAUUCAAAGUUGAAGACACAACAGUCUAUGCUCACAAGGUGAUGCUGACAUCUCGGUGUGGGUUUAUGAAUGGAAUGUUCAGCGGAGACUUCACUGAAAGCAGCCAAGAGGAGAUUAGAAUUGAAGACGUGAGUCUGGAGUGUUUCUUGGCCCUCCUGGAGUACCUGUACACUGACCACGCCCCUAUAGAGGAGGGUGAUGCUGUGGGGAUCCUUGUAGCUGCUGAUCGGUAUGGCCAAGAUCGACUGAGAAAUCUCUGUGAGAUGUACAUCACCAAGGGGGUAGAUGUGACAGACAAACAUGUGGAUGUCAUUGGACUGUUGCAUACAGCCCAGAUAUACAAUGCCAGCCAGCUUGCCCAGUGGUGCCUUGAUCUCAUUUCCCGUAACUUUGUGGCCUUCCGGAAGCGGGCGGAGUUUAAGAAGCUGGAGGGGGAGAACCUGAAAUAUGUCACUGAGAACCGCUGGCCUCCUGUGAGCUACCUGGAUGAGCUGGAGAAAUACAAGGCUCAAUGCGGGGAGAAAGUUAAUAGAGUGUAGUACGUGACUUCGCACGCACCCUGUUCGAUUGGAAAGAAGCUGUGGCGUGCUGAUUGUGCAAUCAUGAAUCAGUGCAUAUUUUGUGUACAAAAACAGUCUUGCCCAAACUUUACAUUUGCAUGAUAGUCAAUUUUAUUGAGCAAAGUCUUUUCAUAAUUAGGGGGCACUUUUUGUAUACUUUAGUUUUGUCAUUGAGUACAUAUCUGUAAAAGUUGUGUUGCAAGAGAUAACUUAAGUAGCUGGGUCAGGCCAGUGUAUGUUGUAUCGAUGAUAUGUGGUACGAAUAAUUUCAUAAAAAGGCCGAGUGAAUGGAUUAGAACAAUCAACGUUUUAUUAGUGAAGUUAUUUGUUUUAUAUGUAUGUAUGUGUGUGUGGGAAUAUGCCUCAGAAACUACAGUGGCUCAGAAAUUCUCUCCUUUUCAACAGAAUUUGAGGUUAAUCAUGUCUUCUUAUCUGCUCAGAUCUGUUUUAUGUGCACUUGUCAUGUUUGUGAUGAUGGUUUUGUUGGGCCACUUAUCAGAACAACUGAAAAUGUUUACCACCAUUUCAGACAACACUGCAGUGCACAGCACUAUACAGUUUAUAUGUACAUUAAAUUGAAGAAUUUUGAAUAUGACUAAAAGGGACUCUUGACGUUAAUAAGAGGAAUGCCCUGUUUUAGUUGCCUAUCAACAUGGGUGUAAAUCCUGGGGGAGGGGAUAUAUUCCCCCACACUUUUUGAGGGGGGGGUAAUGGAAUCAUCUCUCCACUCUUGGGGUGAGCACAAAAUUACAGUGGAUUGUGAAGAAUUUUUUGGACUUUUCAACAACUAAAAUGUUUUCGUUAUCACUCAAAAAAGGGAAAACAAUUUGAGAAAGCAAUGAAUACAGCAUUCUGGUGUAAGAUUUGGCAUGAAUGUAAUGGAGUCAAUCCCCGUACCUCCCCCCCUUUCAAAUUUCUGGGCAAGUCAUCCCCCCCGUCUUUACCCAUCCCCUAUCCCCCAAUUUCCAGCACAAAGUUUCGCCACUGCCCAUCGCUGACCCCAUGAUCUAUUGGGCCAGUUUGUAAAAUAUGUGCAUGCAUUGUGUUGUGCAAAUGCACACUGGGUCUUCCAGAAAUACACUGGACGGCAAAAGAAACUUGCCACUUCUGUCAAA